UAGCCGAACGGCCGGCGAAAUGCCGACCGUGAUGCCUAUCGCGCACAGCGUGCGCGCAGGCAUGCCCGGCAGGCCCAGCGAGUACGCAGGCAGUGUCCGCGCGCACAGUAACGCGCACGCGUGCCUAGUACUCGGCAACCAAGCGUCGCGAUGCCGCAGUCGUAUGCGUAGACGUGCACAGUGCACGCACACACACACGGCAACGCGUUACCGCGACCGUCCACUCAGUCCGCGUACACAGCGACGCAUCGCACGCCCAGCAGCGUGUCGCGCGGCGCACGUACGCACGCCAGCAGCGUAUCACGCACGCUGGCCAGUCACCCCGCACGCCAGCACGCCCAGCAGCAUGCCAAUGCCUCCUCGUAGAGUGCCAGAUCACCAGGAACUCCCACAGGCCACAGUGGUCGCUUUGUUCCGCGACUACCAUCCAGAAAAAUUUUUCGGCCAAGGAGAUCCUCGUGUAGUAAAUGAAUGGGUUCAGGGUCUUGAGAUUAUUUUCGAGGUCAUGAACUGCCCCGAUCGUUAUCGUAUGUUAUGUGCACAGAUCCAGCUGACCGGUGAUGCCAGACUCUGGUGGCAAGCCUAUUGGAGUAUGCGUCCCGGUGAAAAAGACGGUUGUACGUGGGACCAGUUCAAGGAGCUGAUCCGAGAAAAGUAUUAUCCCUCGUAUUACCGAGCAGAUACGGAGCGCCAGUUCCUGGCACUCACUCAGGGUACUCGUACUGUUGACGAGUACGAAAGAGAGUUCACCCGUCUCGGAGCCUUUGUACCUGAUCUUGUGGGUACGGAGGCAAAGAGAGCCCACCAUUUCACCGACGGACUUCGCCCAGCAGUUCGCCACAACAUCGUAGGCCACGGCGUCCAGACCUACGCCCGCGCAGUUGCCAUUGCACAGGAAGUUGAUGCCAGUAUCCGACGAAAAGCCACUCAGACACCAGCUCAGCCAGUUGCUCAGCCACCAGCCCAGCCCAAAGUCGCCCAACCAUCAACAAACCAGAAGAAGAGGAAGCUCAGAGGGGGCUCAGACAACCGGAGGACCC